ACACGAGCGGAAGUGAAAACUCUCGGGGGCGGGACUUUGGUGAUUGGCACAAGGUUUAGCCAAUGAAUGUGUCGUGUGAGCUCAUUGAGUCGAAUAACUUUACAGGAUUGGCUGAAUGGGCGAUUCUUCGAGGUAUCACUUCCGUCAAAUUUCCCUAGUAACCCACAUGGAAACAGAUUUCCUUGUGUUUUGAGUUUCGGCGCCGAUUGCGUCGGUGAGAGAUAGCCUGGGAAAUAAGGGGCCGUUCUUAUUGCCUUUAACGCCGCCGUGCAGUUUUCAUAUCACAUAGUUGUGCAAGUAACUCAGCCAUGAAGAUCGAGGAAGUGAAAAGCACCACGAAAACCCAACGGAUCGCCUCUCACAGCCAUGUCAAAGGACUCGGGCUCGACGAGGCCGGGAACGCUAAACAGAGCGCAUGUGGACUGGUUGGCCAAGAGGCUGCGAGAGAGGCUUGUGGCAUCAUUGUUGAACUCAUUCGUUUGAAAAAGAUGGCAGGAAGGGCAGUGUUACUGGCGGGGCCACCCGGCACAGGAAAGACUGCCCUCGCCUUGGCUAUAGCACAGGAGCUGGGAAACAAGGUGCCUUUCUGUCCUAUGGUUGGCAGUGAGGUCUACUCGUCUGAAAUUAAAAAAACGGAAGUACUCAUGGAAAAUUUCAGGAGAGCCAUUGGAUUGCGUAUCAAAGAGACCAAGGAGGUGUAUGAAGGGGAGGUGACAGAACUGACCCCCUGUGAGACUGAGAACCCCAUGGGUGGCUACGGGAAAACCAUCAGCCACGUCAUUAUUGGCCUGAAGACGGGUAAAGGCACAAAGCAGCUCAAGCUGGAUCCUAGUAUUUAUGAGAGUCUUCAGAAAGAGCGUGUGGAAGUGGGAGAUGUCAUCUACAUUGAAGCAAACAGUGGAGCUGUCAAGAGACAAGGUCGUUGUGACACAUUUGCAACAGAGUUUGAUCUGGAGGCAGAAGAGUAUGUGCCGCUGCCCAAAGGUGAUGUCCACAAAAAGAAGGAGAUCGUCCAAGACGUCACUCUGCAUGACCUGGACAUCGCAAAUGCCAGACCCCAGGGAGGCCAGGACAUUCUCUCCAUGAUGGGGCAACUGAUGAAACCUAAAAAGACAGAAAUCACCGAUAAGCUGCGUGCUGAGAUUAACAAGGUGGUGAACCGCUACAUAGACCAAGGUGUAGCUGAGCUCGUACCUGGUGUGCUAUUUGUGGACGAGGUGCACAUGCUGGACAUCGAAUGCUUCACCUACCUCCACCGAGCGCUCGAGAGCACCAUCGCGCCCAUUGUUGUUUUUGCCUCCAACAGGGGAAACUGUUUAAUCAGGGGGACAGAUGACAUCAGCUCGCCACAUGGGAUUCCACUGGACUUGCUGGACAGGGUCAUGAUAAUCCGCACCAUGUUGUACACACCACAGGAGAUGAAGCAGAUCAUCAAGAUCCGUGCUCAGACUGAGGGGAUCAACAUCAGCGAGGAUGCACUUUCACACCUGGCAGAGAUUGGCACAAAAACCACGCUCAGGUACGCUGUGCAACUGCUGACACCAGGUAGUCUGCUGGGUCGUGUUCAGGGAAAAGAGACCGUGGAGAGGGAGCAGGUCGAGGAAAUCAACGAGCUGUUCUACGACGCAAAGUCCUCCGCCAAAAUCCUCCAAGAUCAACAUCAGAAGUUUAUGAAAUAAAACUGGAUUUUAUUUUUCUCUCUUACAACGCUGAGCUGGUUUCAUCUGCCAGUUGUUGCAUGGUUCACUUUAUUUUUUUACAUUCUUGGUCUAUACUUAGUUUCUUUUCAUUCUCCAUCUUCACUCUCUCCACCGUGGCUCAGUUCCUGCUUCUGCUGCAAUUACUGUAGGAGUUUUGUUUGAAUAAAUUUCAAGUUUUAUUCUGUUUGUUGAUAGAAAUUUGAAUAAAAAAGAGAAAACACAAAA